UGGGCGGCGACGAGGCGCACAAGUUCAUGAACCGCCCCCGCCUCGACCGCGGCGACUUCGCGAGCAUGAUGAACCCGGGGUCCCGGCAGAUUUACCUCACCUUCCCGGCGGACAGCACCUUCCGCGAGGAGGACGUCUCCAACUACUUCAGCAUCUACGGCCCAGUCCACGACGUGCGCAUCCCCUACCAGCAGAAGCGCAUGUUCGGGUUCGUCACCUUCGUCUACCCGGAGACGGUGAAGCUGAUCCUGGCCAAGGGCAACCCGCACUUCAUCUGCGACGCGCGCGUGCUCGUCAAGCCCUACAAGGAGAAGGGCAAGGUCCCCGACAAGUUCAGGAAGCAGCAGGGCGAGAGGGUGGACUUCUCCGGCUGCGGGUCUCCCACCGGGCUGGACGCCAGAGACCCCUUCGAUCUGCACCAGAUUGUUGGUGCGAGGAUGCUGCAGCACUCCAACAGCGCCAACGAGAUGCUGCUGAGGAGGAAGCUGGAGGAGCAGCAGCAGGCGGUGGAGCUGCAGCAGGCGAUCGAGCUCCAGAGCCGGCGCCUCAUGGGGCUGCAGCUGCUGGACCUCAAGACCCGCUCCGCCGCCGCCGCCGCCGCGCCGACCCCCAUUGGGAAGCCGUUCAGCCCCACCCACACUUCUGCCGCCACGCCGACCCUUGAUUCGCCGCCCGAUUCCGGUAUUACUUGGGAGCAAGGCAAUGGCUGCGGCUUCCUUUUCCCUCACAAGAAUGCGGUCAACGGAGCUGAUAAGGAUGAAACCUCAGGCGAUUCCACCACCAGCCCUAACACUGACAGCGACCAAAGCGCGGAGCAUAACCUGCCGGACAGCCCGUUCGCGUCGCCGACCAAGUCGGGGGCCUUCGCCCGUGAUCCUUUCGCGCCCACCGAGUCGGAGAUCGCCGCCGCCGCAGCCUCGACCGGUUGCAACGCGGCCUACAACGGCGGCAUCAACGGCAAUGGUGCCAGGAACGGCGGCGGCAUUAACCACCAUCUCCUACCUCCAGCAUUGGACAUACCCUCACCAAAACCUUACUUCUUCCCCAUGUCCAGGCUGUCCUCCGAUCACGGCGCGGUCGGGAUGUAAAGUAGCGCUGAAUGGAAGUGAGUGAUACUACUGCCUAAUCAUAGAAUACUAGCAGCAAAGAAAAAGGAAUAGUGCAACAUAGGAAAAAAAGAGUGAAGAAGUUGCAGCAUAGUUUUAGUUUCAGCAGCCCCCCCUUUUUUACCUUCUUUCCCUUCACCUCAAGCUGAUGGCACCGCACCAGCUGAUUCAGACCACAAGAGGCGAAGGACAAAAAAUACUACCACUACUAGCAACCCCAAGGCUUCAAAAACAGUGUCAGAUACUUAGGGCCCCUCCUAUUAUUACCAUUACCAUAUGCAUUAGUUACUGUUAGUCGAUUACUCCUGCUGCUACUACUACUAGUACCACCACCAACAACAACCAAUACUACCACCGCCACCAACCCCCCAUUGAUGUGCCACCAAGCUCCUGGCAAGGCCACCGCCAAUAUAAUAGCCACUAGUAGUAGUAGUAGUUCUCAUGUAAUAGUAGCACAUUAGGUGCGAUGUUUAGCCAAAAAGUACAGAGGAAUACUACCACAAUGUAUGACAUACACUAGUGCUCUGCUCGCUGUGUUGCAAGACAGUGCAACAAGAUACGGAUGCAUAGCUAGCUAGUUGUGUUGGUGUUUACGUAUGUAUAAUUUCACUUCACUGGAUGAAUGAAGAUAAUGAACAGGUCCGUCA